AUGUCUACUAACACAACCAGCGGCACGAAGACAUAUGUGCCAUGUACGCUUCAGACAUGUCCAUUGUCCGAAGGCAUCAUUACGUAUCAGCCAAACGUCGGCGCAAAUGCUCUUUUUGCUGCGCUUUUCGGCCUUUUGUUACUCGUGCAGCUCGGUCUCGGCGUUCGAUACAAGACGUGGAGUUUCCUCAUUGCAAUGUCUUGUGGACUGAUUCUCGAAAUCGUUGGAUAUGUUGGGCGGGUCCAGCUGCACAACAAUCCUUUUAUCUCUAACGCACUCCCAAGAUACUUAGUCUGUCUCACUAUCGCACCAGCCUUCCUUACCGCCGCUAUAUAUGUCUCCUUCUCUCGUGUUGUUCACUCCUGCGAUGCUAGAUGCUCCUGGAUUCGACCGAAGACCAUCUCCAUCAUCUUCAUGACGAGCGACUUUUUCUGUCUUGCGCUGCAGGCUGUCGGAGGGGCUAUCACGUCGACCUCUGGUGGCGAUUCGGAAGGAGCAAAGACGAUGCGACAGACUGGAGUCAAUAUAAUGAUUGCCGGACUUUCGCUGCAAGUGGUGUCACUCUUCCUUUUCAUACUCAAUGCGGGUGUUUAUGCAUGGAGGUGGCAGGCUUCAGCCGGUCCUCGACAGGAGACACUGAUACUGACACUUCCAGGCAUUUUUAUUUCUUCUGUCACCAUCUUCGUGCGAUCCGCCUUCCGUGUUGCUGAAUUAAGAGAGGGUUUUCAAAGCCCUCUUGCUAGCAAUGAAGUUUCAUACAUGGUAUUGGAAGGCGCUAUGAUUAUUAUUGCAUGUCUUACACUGACAGUCGGUCAUCCCGGACUAUGCCUUACUAUACCUUGGAAAAUACCAAGAUCUAUAUCACUCCAGAGUCGGAAUGUCGACAUAAGAGCUGCAAUAGCGCGGGGGUUUGACUUUGUAUGCGUUUUAGUGAAAUUCACUUGCACACAGCCAAAAGGCACGCGAGAGGCCACUGCCUUGGUUCUGCACCCACCCGCAGCGUGCCAAAUGAGGGUCAAUGCCCACGGCAUGACCGGACAUGUGCCUGCCUAG